CCUCCUCUCCUCCUUCCUCUCCCUCCGCCCUCUCUCCUCCGCUUCGUCCGACCUCCGCUCGCAAAGCAUCCGACGUCUUCGCUCGCAGCAUGCGCGAACAACGCAUGGUCCCCGGCGUCGAGUUUGCCGAGAUGCAGCUGUUCAUCGAGGUGUUUCAUGCGCGACAAGCAGAGGGAUGCAGGACGCUAGCGCGGAGCGAGAAGGAGCAAAGAGCGCAAGAGCCAUCCUGGCGCGUCGACGUGAGGUACUGGCGCGACGGAAGGCGAGGCUUGAAACUGCUCGACGAGGCAACCUGUCCCUGCGCGCCACAAUCGAGGCGAUGUCCACCUCGAUCGCUUCCCUUUCACACGCGCUCCAAUCUGCUGCGCUUCACGCUCGUCGAGCAACACUCCUGGGCGAGCUGGAGCACAUCUAUCCCAUCGACUUGCUCGAUGCUUCCUCUUUGCUCUUCAGCAUCAACAAUCUCGCGCUGCCCAACACCGACAACCCUCAGCAUCCCUCCUCCUCCGCCUCACCGUCGACAGCAGCGGCGGCGGCGGUGGACGAAGAGACAAGAGCAUCGGCGCUAGGCCUCGUGGCGCAAGUGGUAGUGCUCUUGAGCGUGUAUACGAACACGCCGUUGCAUUACCCCCUUGCGACUGCCGGCUCAAGAGCAGUAGUGCAGGAUGGCAUCAGCUGCAUGACUGGCCCUCGAGCCUUCCCGCUGUACGCCAAAGGCGUCGAGUCCUAUCGCUUCGAAUACGCCGUCUUUCUGCUGAACAAGAACAUCGAGCAGUUGAUGAACCAACACCGCGUGCCCGUGCUUGACAUUCGCCACACGCUCGGCAAUCUCAAGAACUUCAUCAUUACCGUCUCUUCCUCCGGCGCAGAUGAAGCGACCGGUCGCGGCGACUCGGCGCGACGCAACGCGCCGAGGAGAAAUGGCAAUGAAGGGACGACGGUGAGGGAACUCAAGUCGGGCAAGAAGGAGGAGGCCGCGAGGCAGCUGCCUGCGGCAGACGAGGCGACGAAGGCCUCGACGCUCAAGACGCAUGCUACGACGCCCUCUACUGCCACAGCGACGACAUCGUGGACCGCCAGUCUGCUCGGCUGGCGCUCGAGUCCGGCACCGCCAGCUGCUGCGGCGGCAGAAGCGACUGCGAGCACUGCGACUGCUGCGGCUGUCACCGCCACGACUGCCGCGCCCGCAGGCGGUACGAGCGCCGAGCCGCCUGCGACGAAGUAGAUGCCUCGUCGAGAUCGCCAUUUGGACAUAGAGGCGCCGAGGGUCACGAAUCUUGCUCGUCUGGUCAAGGAGAGAAAGGCGAGCUUGCUCGCUCUGAUCUCUGCAGCAGAGAAGGAAAUGA